AGGUCGGAGUAGAGUUGUGCAUGGCGCGAGGGAGUCUUGUCGGACGCGUUGGCACUGUACGGGCGCGAGGGGGCGGCAAGGCGGGCAUGUUUCCUCGCAGGGAGGGAGUGCCGCCACAGGCACGAUAGCGGUCGGGGAGACAUGAGCACAAGCGCCGGGCGCCUUGACGCGAUCGACCCAAAAUUGGGCAUGCACGUGGCUGGCGAGGACCGAGGCCUUCGCCCAGAUGGGACCGGACGUCACACACGGCGGACGCGCGCUCUCCACAGCCACACGUCUUGGCGGGUGGCUUGAUGUCCCCCUUGUGCCCUUGGCCGGUCAGAUGCGGCCACAGCGAGGCCAGCGGCGCCACAUGACGGUCGGGGUGCAUCCUGCAUCGAUGGCUGUGGUGUCCCUCAGCGAACGCAGACUAUAUAAAAGGCGGGGGGAAGCGCGAUUCGCGUGGUCUAUUAAAGGCAGCCUACCGACGGACCGACGGAAAUUCUGCCGGCGCAGUCGCCUCAGAUCAAUCACAGGCGCCCGGGGGACCAAAGAGGCACGGUCUCCGUGGGAACUCUGCCAGUACUACAUUUCGUCGCUCGCCCGCCACCGCCUCCUUUCCCCAGGCCUCUUCGUCCGAGUGGUCUCAUUUCCGUUCCUCGACUUGGGCUGCCCUCACUUACUCCGCCCACCUCGCCCAACGAUCCAUCCGGCUGGUAUCCAAUGGACGCAUCGCACUCUCAGCAACACCCCCGGCCUGGACAGCCCGCCCGCGUCCUCCACUUCUUAUCGGGCACCCCCUCGCGGCCUUCCUCUCCUGCCCGUUCCUCCCGCUCGCCAGCACAAUCUGCACCGGUGGAAUACUCCAUGCACGAGAAGAGGAGCGAGAAGGCCCCGUUUGACGCGCCCCCGUACGCGGCCGGCCAACAGUCGCGGUGUUCACAAUGUCAGUGCGCGCAUCCGGAACCCCCUCUCCCUCCUCGUUCAGCGUCCCUCCACCCACCAAUGCACUCUGCGCGACCGUCACUACCACCAACCCUCCUUGCGACUUCCUCCCCUCUCGCUGCCUCGAGCUGGACAGCGACAACACCCACCUACACGCGUCCACGAGGACUACGGAUAGUUAACCUACUGAAGCCUUGGACGCCAGUAAUUCUGUAUGCUUUGACGAGUCUCGCGUUCCUGGUCGCAAUCAGCUUUUGGAAAGUCGAGGUCUUUGCGGGUACGUGUGGUAACAUAUCGCUUCACUUCUCCGCGAAGUUGACACAGCCCCCAUACAGGCCUCGACGCCCUUGCACAUUGGUUGCAGUCCGAUCUAUACUUAGGUUAUGCCGUAAUCUCUUCCUCG